UUAAUAAUUAAAAUUGAAAAGGAUACGAGAAAAAUCAAAUUGCAGUCGUUUUGUAUGCGUGGGAUCAGUAUCAACAAUGGGAGACAUUGUUGAGGAAGAUGAAUCGGAGAAGGUGGAGAUCAUCCUCAAAACCAUCGGUCCAGCUCCACCCUCUCGUCUUCGAGUUCCCUCUUUCAUCAAGGUGCGUGAUUUGAGAAGAUUAAUUGCAAUUAAUGGUAAUUUACCCAUUGACAACUUGAGUCUUAUUCUACGCGGAACUGCGUUAUGUGACAUCAAAUAUGGAGAUGAUAUGUGCAUACAACUAUCCGACGGAGAUAGCUUGAUUGUUGCGGUCAAACCAAAGCCACCAGUGAAGGAUGGGCAUGAAGACGAUGAUGACGAUGAAGAUUUGAAGUUUCAGCUUCCACAGUCAUCAAGUCGGUGGAAAAAGAGGCUAUACUCUUUUCUACAUGAUAAGUUGAAGUUUCCAGAUAUCCUUUUGAUGCUAAUUUUCACUCUGAGUUUGAAGGCAUGGAUUCUCAUAACUAUGUGGUUUAUCCUGGCCCCUGUUGCCCAUAGAUUGGAUCUCGGACCUUUGUUUAUACUUGCAACUGGCUUUUGUCUCAUCCUCUUCAAUCUCGGAAAGCGCAAAGCUGGUGACUCCAGUGCAUACUCUAUCUUCAACGAAGGCUUCAGAGAGCUACCAGGGACGCUCAACGCAGAUCGGCUUGAUAGAGAUAUAAGAGCGGGACAGUUUUGAGCCCUUAUCCUCCUCAUCAUCCCAACACAGAUGUGGUCUCACAUGAUGUAUAUCUGCCCAAUCAACAGUACAGUAACUUUUCAGUAAUGUUGUAUUUUAGCCCAACCCAGAAAUCAAUGAAGUGACAUGUUUUCUGUUUAGUUUUGACCUUCUUUCUACUAAACCCGUGCCUGCUCUGUUUGUAUAUUACAGUACAGUACCAAUGUAUUGAUAUGUUUUGGACUAAUAUGGUCCCCUGUGAAUAACUCCCUUUCUGGUCCCUAGGUUUCAGAGUUGUUGUGAACUCUUUGGGUGCUGUGGGAUGCUUUGGAAAAUAUAUAGAGAGUUUUGUCAGGAUUCCAAAGCUGAUAGUGGCAUUUAAACAUGUGAGUAAAUUAUGUAGUACUAUAGUACUAGUAUUAUUUUUAACAAGUUUGCUUCUGCUGACAUGAAAUUUGAUAUA